AUGGGCACCUCUAAAGCCUUGUAUUUGAAUUUUUUUCUGGCUCUUAUGAUAGCUUGGGAGGUCCAGUCAAGAUUUAUCAACUUCAAAUCUGGUUAUGAAUACGUUUACAGUUUUGAGGGUCACUCUACUGUUGAAGAUCUCGGAAAGUUCAUCGUCAAAGCAAAGGUCAGUUAUACAAACAUCCAGACUUUCUAUGAUGGACAGGAGCUGUUACUAAAAGUGCAUGCAUUUAACAUUGCUCCAGAAAAUGACCCAAAUGUUAAAGGAGGCGAUCUUGAUUUCUCGAAAUGGUAA